UCUGGAGGUUGAACUAUAGAGCAAUAAAAAUAUCGCAGUGCACUGCUGAUUUGUAUAAUCAAGCUUUGUUUUUUUCACAAACGUAUAUGACUUACACGUAAGCUCAACAGUAUACGACGUUAAUUGUUUCGACGAAAAAAAGUUAUAAAUAUCAUAAUAUGCAGUGGUUAAGAAUAUAUUUGUAUUAAAAUCUUCUGCUAAAAGUUUAGAUUAGUUCAAGGAUGACUCGGGCUAACAGAAAAAGGGGUCGUGAUGCGGAAGAAGAAUUUAGUGAAUUUAUGCCAUUAAGUAAAAGAAUAAAUAAUCUUCAUAUUAAUGGUUUAUCGGGCAUGCAUGAAAAUGUUACUGAAAAUAUGGAUACAGACUGCUGCGGCAGAAGCUUUAUGCCAUCGCCAAAUUAUUCAGAGCUUUCUCAAGGAUCACCGUUAUACGACGGAUGCAGUUCUAGCCAAAGUAGUUACAUAACAGAAUAUAAACCUGAUCUGGAUGCAGCUGAAAAUCCAUUUUAUUACGAAAGUAACAAGCUGCUAUUUUCCUUGUAUAUGGAACGUGUUCAGAGAGCAUCUGAUUCAUUUUGAUAUCGCUAUUUUCAAAUUAUAAUUCCUAAUCAUUAAGCAUUUCUUGCAUAUCAUUUUCUUCAUUCCUUUUCAAUGUAUUUCUACUCGAAUUUGAAUUUUCUUAAAUCGAAUCAAU